AUGGCUGUCCACAAGGAAGUUUACGCCUAUGUCUUCGGCGACCAGACCUAUGACAGCGCAGAAACAUUGCGCAGUCUCGGGCAAACACACAAUGAUCCCCUCGUUACGGACUUCAUCGAACGCAGUUGCGCCGUGCUCAAGCGUGAAAUCGCACAACUGCCUUCAGCACAACAGUCGCGAUGCCCUCGCUUUGCAAAGAUCGCAGACUUACUGUCACACUACCGCGCUGGCGCCCUCAACCCCUGCCUGUCUCAGGCUUUGACCUGUAUAGCCCAGUUGGGUCUCUUCAUUCGCCAACACAGCAGCGGCUGCCAAGUAUAUCCAACCCCCGAGCAGUCAUGCCUUGCCGGUGUAUGUACGGGCGCUCUUGCUGCGGCGGCAGUGAGCUGUGCUCACAGCGUGUCCAGCCUGAUGGAGCCUGCUCUGCACGCUGUGGCAAUCGCCGUUCGUCUUGGAGCUCUUGCUUGGGACGUUUCCGGUAGAAUCAACAACGAUGAUGAAAAAUCGAGCUCUACUAGCGAAUUCGCUGCUUGGUCAUACGUUGUUGCAGGCUCAAGUCCCAAAGCACUUGCCGAUGCUCUGAAGCAGUACGCUGCUGAGACGAUGCUUCCAAUCACUUCCGUUCCCUACAUCUCUGCGAUCGUGGGCCCAACCCAAUCAACUGCUUCUGGACCCCCGGGUAUUGUUACCGACUUCCUGGCUUCAGCAAUGGGAAAAGCUGUUGCGCCAACCAGCACAGUCCUCCCCAUCGCGGCUCCCUACCAUUCAGCCCUUCUCUACAGCGAAGGAGAUAUUGCUCAAGUAUUGUCCGGUCUACCCAAGAGCAAUUUGCCUCGCAGUCAGAUUCCCAUCAUUUCCACCAGCGCCGACUGUCAAGAAGUUGUCAGCGGCUCGACGCUUCGCCACGUUCUCGAAGAGGCUGUGCGAGACUGUCUUCAACGGCAAAUGGCCUUGGAUCAGCUCCCCCAGCGCCUUGCCCAGCACGUCAAGAAUGCUUCAAAGUCUGUGUCUGAAAUUAACACGGAAGUGGUUAUACAGCCAAUUGCUUUCAAAGGCACAGAGCGCUUGGUGCCUCCCCUCCGCCGCCAGUUGCCCACAGACUUGUUCUCUGUAAGAGAAGCAUCCCAUAACACCACCGAAGAUCCUGCCUUGGACUCAUCAUUAAGAUCAAAUGGAGGAGUUUCAAAGUCUCCUAUCGCAAUUCUUGCUGCUUCUGGCAGAUUUCCAGGCCGUGCAGACACGAUGGACGCCUUCUGGGACAUUCUCAUCCGUGGCGUUGACACCCACGAGAUGGUUCCUCCUUCUCGUUGGAACUCCUCAGCUCAUGUUGGAGACACCAGCAACAAGAAUGUUUCAGGAACCGGCUUCGGCUGCUGGCUGCACCAAGCAUCUCAAUUUGACAUUGCAUUCUUCAACAUGUCACCGCGAGAGGCUUCCCAAGUGGACCCCGCUCAACGCCUGGCUCUUUUGACAGCGGCCGAGGCUCUUGAGCAAGCAGGUAUUGUACCUGAUCGCACGCCAUCGACCCAGAAGCACCGCGUGGGCGUUUGGUUUGGAUCUACCAGCAAUGACUGGAUGGAGACAAAUAGCGCACAGAACAUUGACACCUACUUCAUUCCGGGUGGCAACCGAGCCUUCAUUCCCGGCCGCAUCAACUAUCACUUCAAGUUCCGCGGGCCCAGCUACACGAUUGAUACCGCCUGCAGCUCCAGUCUCGCAGCUUUGCACCUAGCAUGCAAUGCGCUGUGGCGAGGAGAAGUUGACACGGCCAUUGUUGGCGGCACCAAUGUUCUGACGAAUCCCGACAUGACUGCUGGCCUAGACCGGGGCCAUUUCCUAUCUCGUACUGGAAACUGCAAGACAUUUGACGAUAGCGCUGACGGUUACUGCCGCGGUGAGGCCGUUGUCACUAUCAUUCUGAAGAGACUAGACGAUGCCAUGGCAGACAAGGACCCGAUCCAGGCCUGUAUUCGGGGCAUUGCGACCAACCACAACGCAGAGGCAGAGUCUAUCACAAGACCUCAUUCCGAGGCUCAGAUGGAGCUUUUCGAUUAUCUCCUCGCCGAGACAAACAUCAGUCCCAGCGACAUCAGUUACGUCGAGAUGCACGGCACAGGUACUCAAGCCGGAGAUGCGGGCGAAACCACGUCUGUCGUGACAACGCUCUCUCCCCUGACGGCGCGAGGCUCAUCCGUUCGACCUGCGACACACCCUCUUCACAUUGGUGCUGUGAAGUCAAACGUGGGACACGGAGAGGCUGCUGCAGGUGUUACAAGUUUGGCCAAGGUGCUUCUGAUGAUGAAGCACUCCACUCUUCCGCCCCAUGCCGGAAUCAAGACCAAGGUCAACCAUAGACUGCCUGAUCUGCCAUCGCGCAAUACCCAUAUUGCGAUGGAAGCAACCGAGUGGCCUAGACCUCAAAACGGAACCCGUCGUGUCUUGCUGAACAACUUCUCCGCCGCUGGAGGGAACACCGCCAUGAUUCUGGAAGACGCACCUGUUCCCCGCAAGAUCAAGACUCGAGACCCGAGACAACAUCAUAUUGUUGCCAUUUCCGCAAAGACUCCAGACUCUCUGGUCGCAAAUCUCCGAAAUAUGAUUCAGUGGCUUGAUGGCCCGGCGACACUCUGGGAUACGAAUCUUCUUCCCAAACUCUCAUACACCACCACAUCUCGCAGGAUGCACCACCGUCACAGAGUUGCGAUUCCUGCCGCCAGUCUCGAUCAGCUCAGGUCUUCUUUGCAGAAAUACCUAGACUGGAGAACCGGGGACAAGAAGAGCGUUCCUGUGCCGCCCCGUGGAGCAGGCGUCGUGUUCACCUUCACUGGACAGGGUUCUCCACAGGCCGGUAUGGGAGCUGACCUGUACGCGCGCUUCACGUCUUUCAGAACCGAUGUGCAGCGCUACGACCAUCUAUGCACACAAAUGGGAAUGCCGUCAAUUCUUCCUGUUUUUGAGCAGGCAAGCAGCUUCGGUAGUGGAUCUCCCACUUUGCUUCAGCUGUCUCAUGUCUGCUACCAGAUGGCUCUCUGCAGACUUUGGCAAUCUUUCGGCGUCAAGCCUCAGGCGGUUGUUGGUCAUAGUCUGGGAGAGUACGCGGCCAUGUACGCGGCUGGUGUACUGUCUCAAGCCGACGUGAUUUACCUGGUCGGCAGCAGAGCCAAGUUGAUGGAGGAACACCUCUCAGCUGGCUCCCACAUCAUGCUAGUGGUGCUAGCGCCAGAGGCCACCGUCCUCGCAGCAUUGCCAGAAUCCGCCAAGAGAGACUUCGAGGUUUGCUGCCGCAAUGGAAAGCAUAACGUUGUUCUCGGUGGAAAAACCGCUCAGAUGUUGGAGAUCAGGGUGCUCCUUGAGUCAAAGGGCAUGCGAUGCCACGUCCUCGACACGCCUCUUGCCUUCCACACCUCGCAGGUUGAUCCUAUUCUUGUUCCGUUCUUCAGACUUUCAUCGAAGGUUCGAGUCCGCGACCCCAUUGUACCCGUUAUCUCCCCGACACUCAGCAAGGUUCUCCGCAAGUCAUCGGAGUUCGGCGAUGGCUACUUUGUCCGACACUGCAGGAACCCCGUCAACAUUCAGGAGGCUUUGAACAUUGCGAAGAGCGAGGAUCUCAUCAACGACAAGAGCAUCGCUGUCGAGAUUGGCCCUGCUCCAGUAGUCUGCCGCAUGGUCAAGGACGUCGUCGGACCGCAGAUGCAGGUGUUUGCUUCUUUACACAAGGGAAUCGACACUUGGCAACUGCUUGUGGAAGCCAUAGCAGGCAUGUACAUGGCUGGGGUCAAUAUCGAGUGGAACAAGUACCACGAAGACUUUCCCGAGUGUCACGAAGUCUUGCAGCUACCAGCCUACGGGUGGACGCUCAAGGAGUACUGGAUGCAAUACGUCCACGAUUGGAGUCUUCGCAAGGGCGAGCCAGCUGCCAUCAUGGGCCCUGCCAGGUUCCCUCACUCCUCUAUCUACAGAGUGGUGAAGGAUACUUUGCGUGGAAGCGCCGAUGGGCAGGUCGUGGUCGACAUUGAUCUCAACUCGAAGGACGUUCAUUCUAUGGCUCAAGGACACAAGGUCUACGGUGUUCCACUGUGCACUCCGUCUGUUUACGCCGAUAUCUCUCUUAUGAUCGGCAACUACGUUACGCAAGUCACCGGUAUGGCCGUUGAUGAAAUGGUCACCGAGAUCGCGGAGAUGCAUAUUCAAAGCGCCUUGGUUGCGAACGAUGUCGGCAAGGAGCAGAUCCUCCGCACUGAUGCCAAGUUCGACAAGGAGAGCAACACCGUGUUUUGCACCUUCUCCAGCGUGGAUAGCAAGGACAAGAUCAUCGAGCAACAUGCCAAUUGCAAAAUCCGCUUCUCUCCUUCCGAGGCAGUCAGAUCAGACGCCACCCUCGAGGCGGCUUCGUCAGAUGCAUUGGCUCGCUCGAAGGCCCUGCAUGCACAGGUCGGAGAGGCCGGUAACACCUUCCGAUUCAGCAAGGCCAUGAUCUACAAGAUGAUCACCCAGCUUGCCGACUUCGACCCCAAGUACCGUGGUCUCUCUGCGGUCACCCUCAACAACGACACCUUCGAAGCUGCCGGCAUGGUUUCUUUCAAGGGACUUCCCGAUAACGACACUUGGUUUUCCAACCCAGCCUAUCUCGACGCGAUCUCGCAGCUCGGUGGUUUUGUGAUGAACGCCAACGAGGGUGUCGACCUGGAGAAGGAGAUCUUUGUCAAUCACGGAUGGAAGUCCAUGAAGCUUCUCACUCCCAAGCUGGACCCAAACAUGACUUAUUACUCGUACGUCAAGAUGACCGAGGGAGAGAGCAAGCUUUGGAUGGGAGACGUCAUUGUAUUUGAUGAGAGCUACAAUCUCGUCGGGUUUGUCGGAGGUGUCACGCUCCAAGGCGUUCCUAAGCGACUCAUGCAGUACAUCGUCAAUUCUGCCAACAAAAAGGUCUCCGGUGGUAUCCCGUCAGCAGCAGAUCAACGCGCACCUACGCAACAAGCCCCACUGUCACCGACCAUCGAGAGACACGCCGAUGUUGCCCCGUCAGCUGCAAUUGAUGCAGUCCCUCAAGCGGCUGCCGAUACCCAGAACGAGUCCGCGAACAUGUGGGAAGUCGCUCUUGCCAUUUUGUCGGAAGAGAGCGGCAUCGACAAGGGAGACCUUGCUGAAGAUGUCGCCUUGGCGGACUUGGGCAUCGACUCUCUCUUGUCUCUGGUUGUCUGCGGCCGUAUCCGCGAUGAGCUAGACAUCGAUCUACCUGAGCGAGCCCUCUUUGUUGAGUGCACCACCGUUGGCGAUGUCAAGCUGCGCAUAUGCGGAUCUGAUUUGGCAUCGCCUGUCUCUUCGUCGACAACGCUUACUUGCAGCGACUCUGACUCCGUGGACUUGGAGUCGCCGGAUCUGGUGGAGAGACCCUCGCCAAUUCUGGACAUGGACACCGAAGAUGCGUGUCCCACACCGGCAUCGUCUCUUGACGACGAGUCCAUCGAUGACCUACUGGAUGAUAUCGUGAAGCCGAAAGCCCCAUCGAUUCCCCCGGCUUGGUCCAUGUAUCUCCAGGGCUCUCGGAAGAGGUCCACUCAGACACUCUUCUUGUUCCCUGAUGGUUGCGGUGCUGCGACAUCGUACCUCACUCUCCCGGCCAUUGCCCCGACUACGGGACUUGUGGCAUUCAACUCGCCAUUUAUCAAAACUCCAUCUCGCAUGUACGAUCACAACCUCCAAGACGUCCUCGAUUCUUACAUUGCCGGUCUUCGCAACCGCCAAGAAAAGGGCCCUUACCACCUCGGAGGAUGGUCGGCCGGCGGAAUUCUCGCCUUUGCUAUUGCAUCGCAGUUGAUAGCCGCGGGUGAAAAGGUCGCCUCUCUGACCUUGAUUGAUUCACCGCCACCCAACAACGGCUUGGAUUGCCUGCCAGACAGGUUUUACGAACAUUGCACAAAGGUCGGCAUUUUCGCCAACGAGAUGCGCCGGGGUGCAGAUGAUGCCCCGCCGCCCGACUGGCUGAUGCCGCACUUCCGUGCGUCAACGCAGCUGCUCAAUGAUUACUAUGCCCCUCCGUUGUCACCUUCUGGCGCAAGAGGACUGCAAGUCAACAUCAUCUGGGCGGGCGAGUGUGCAUUCGACGGUGUUCGCUACCCGAAGAUGCCGCCGCCCAAGGAGGGGGAGGUGGAUGUGGAUGACAUGAAGUUCCUCACGGAACGCAGGAAGGAUUUCGGGCCUGGGAAGUGGGCUGAGCUAUUCCCUGGGGCGAACAUCACCAGCAGAGUUGUUGAGGGAGAACAUCACUUUAGCAUGAUGCGGGGAGAGGGCGCUGAGAGACUGGUGGAGCUGGUGAGAGAUGGUUUGAAGCAAGCAUCUUCUGCAUGA